AAGUAAGUGUGUCUCAUGUGUGACGCUGAGCUUAUAAAAAGCAGCACAGACAGCAACCCUGGUUCAUCUAACAUCAGCAGAACUAAGACCUUUGGCACAAUGUUUCUCUGGAGUCUGUGUGUGCUCGCUCUGCUUCAUAUGAGCUCUUCCUGCAGUGUGGUAAAUCAGAUCUGUACAAGCCUGAAGGCAGUGCAGGAUGAAAUCGUCAACAUUCACAACGUGUUUCGGAGAGAAGUCGUUCCAACUGCCAGCAACAUGCUUAAGAUGAACUGGAGCGAGGAGGUGGCCGUAUCGGCUCAGAACUGGGCGAACACCUGUGCAAUGGCGCACGGCCCGUCCAGCAGCCGCAUGCUCGGAACAUAUGAAAUGGGUGAAAACCUUUUAAGAAGCUCUAAACUGAUACCAUGGACUAACGUCGUGACAGCAUGGCACAAUGAAGUGGCCAAUUACAACUAUCCCACAGGGUCCGCCAAUGGGAAACCCAUCGGCCACUACACACAGGUGAUCUGGUUCAGCUCAUAUGAGGUCGGCUGUGGUGUGGCGAAGUGUGGGAGCGACUAUUUCUACGACUGCCAGUACUAUCGAGCAGGGAAUUACAAAGGUGUGCCACCGUACUCGCUAGGAGAACCCUGCUCGGCAUGUCCGCAAGCUUGCGACAACAAACUAUGCACCAAUCCUUGCCCUUACAUCAACACGUACGCCAAUUGCCCUGACUUGAAAAAAGAUGGCCCGUGUAGCGACUACCUCAAACAGUGGUGCCCAGCUCAUUGCUUCUGUACCACUGAGAUCAUUCCUGCUAACUAGAAAGAGAAGACAGGAACUGCUGGGAUUAUCUAGGCUGCAUUGCAAAACUGUUUUUAACUCGCAGACUUCCCCUUGUCAUUUUUUCUGAAGCAAUCGAAAUGUUUCUGUACUUUAUUUGCUGUAGUGAAGUGAAUAUAACUGGACUUCAGGAGCGCAACUUAAGCCGGUUUUAGACUUUAGAUGAUCCCAAUAAAUCUUGGCUGAAUUCUAUAACAGACUGUGUGAAAACAUGUUCUCCAUGAAGAUCCUCUAACGAUAGAUCUACGAUUAAAGAAAAAUAACUACGUUGUCUGCUUACUUCAUCAAUCAGCGUGAUCCGGAAAUCACCUCAUGCAGAAAACCGGCUCGCAUAAGCACACGUAUUCUUCGAAUAGGUGUUAGCUUGAUAUCCUAAUAAGGACAUGUUUUUGUUCAUUAGCAUGUUUAUGUUUCGCCAUCGCCAUUACGAUAUUUGUAGCUGUCCGAUGCUUCAUCCUAUGCUGUCCUCCUAUUGGUGGAUUUUAGAUGAGCAUCGUAGCAUAUACACUGAAAUACCAACUCAUUAUACACUCAUAUUGUUGCUGCAAGUGACUACUCAUGUGGAAAAAAAAGUUAAUAUAUGCUUCUAAGUUGUGAGGAGAAGUUGCAAGGGUGUUUUUAAAACUGUAUUGGAAUGCAGGUUUGGUGUUCCCAACAUGAUUUAAAGACAUGCUUUUAAAAAGACACAUGAGCAUGUCUUUAAAUACGCUACAUUUUUCUGUCACGUCUGAAACAUUACCACGCAAAUGUUUGUGUUGCGCCAUAGAGAAUUGCUGCACAAAUUAUUUUUAAUUCUUUUCUAUUAAAGUGAUAUUAGACCUAUCCCAGUCUCAUUUUCUGUUAUGCUAUCCAGUUCCAAAAUGAAGCUACAAGAUGGAAGGUCAGCACAGGAAUGAAUAACCAGUAAUGCAAAUACAAUACAACCAAUAAUAAUAAUAAUAAUAAUAAUAAUAAUAAUAAUAAUAAUACAUUUUAAAGGGGUCUGAAUUUACACAGUGCUAGUUUGUAUGAUUACUUAAACAUAUAGUUAGUAAACAGCAUAAAAGGAAAAAUCCACCCUGAACAACUUGCAUAUUAAUCUUUAUAAUUAAAAGGUGAUCUUCAGCAGUGUCCAAGAUUUAAUUUGUAAGAAAGUCUGACUUGACUUUUAAACUUCUUUCAUCGACAUGUUGUUCUGCUUUGCUUAAUGGUUCCCUACGUUACACACAAUGCAGUUCGACUACCUUCUGAUAUUUGUGCAGUGGGAUUUAGACCUCGCUUCAUCUCUACCUAAAGGGAGUGAUGCAGCGGCGCUUUAGUCCUUCAGCCUGUUCAGCUGUCUUACCUCCUCAUCUGUACACCUUGCUGAAACAGAUCAGCUUCCAAAACUUCAGCUUUCAUGCUAAUACCACCAUCAACACCAUCAUGCUCGUCAUCUCGGUGGAGUUUUCCUUUAAGUAGCUGGUUCCAAACCAAGACUACAGAUGGUCCAGAUGUGAUAUCAGUUUUCCAGCCCAAUCAGUCAAAAUAAUGAAUGUGAGUUAUAUAAUUGAAACAGAAUGCAGGGGAGUUGAUGUAAAUGAUGCAAAUGCAAAUUGCUUUUCAUAAAAAAAACAAUGAUUUCCUUCAAAUGUGUGAAAGAAUGGAAUGUGGUGUAAGUGAUUAUAUGCAGGAACAUUUUGUUCCCAGUGAAAAGGGUUAUUAAUGUAUAAUUGGGGUGUAAUAAUGGAUUGUACUGGAGCAGACAUCCAGCAGAUGGCCCUAUUGCACAAUAAUAUGACUCAGUGGCUCAUUCUUAUAUCCAUUUACCUACUUUGUUGUCUUUUUGGUUUCUUACUUCAUCCCUUUCUUAUAUUAAACUGUGUACUCUGUACUGGCAAAAUACAUGUUGUAUGAAUGUUU